ACAAUAGGUAAAAUACUACCACGAAAUGCAUUAAUUUUUUUAAGAUAAACUUUGGUUUAUGCGCUAUUUGGAUAAUCAAACGUGUAUUAAAAUGUUAUUAUAAAGAAAUACAAUAUAUUAGCUGUACUUUAAAGAUUACAUGUCUGAAAAUCCUGUUUUAUUACAAAAUAGUAACGACAUAUAAGAAUUAUUAUAUGUAUAAACUAUAAAUCCUAUGUACGUUAGUUUCUUCUCUACUGUUACUAAAAUUACAAUAAAAGUAAUAUCGUCAGAAAUCAUCCAAGACAGUAUAAUUACUUGCAAUUACUUGUAAUGAUGGAACGGACCGGAAUGGAAUAGUAUGGUUCGCGGGCAGGUGCUAAUAUGGCGGCUAUUCUGCUUUAUAGUUUCGUGACAUCGCCCUUUACACUAACAUUUUUUUAAGAAAGACGUAAAAGUUGAGUCACUGGGUGACAGAAAAAACGAUGUCUUAAAUGAGUUCGGUUAUGUUUGAAAAAUAAGACGACUAGCAAAAUGUCAACCAGAUCGCAACUUACGAAAGAUUUAAACGAAUCGGUUAAAGCAUUACUCGGUAAGCACGUCAAGAUAUUACUAAAAAACGUUGUGAAAUUGGAAACAAAGCAGGAUAAACAAGAAAAUCGUGUUCUAGUUUUUUCACCAUGCCGUCUCUUUCUUUUAACGGCCAAAGUACCCACAAGGCUCGACUGCCAUUUCCAUUAUUUAGAAAUAACAUCUAUAGAAUCCAAAAGAUCGAAUCAGUUAUCUUUGACUGUCGGAGAAAGGUAUUACAAUUUUACUACUACAGGAGCAGGUGCAGAUACCACAGAAGUAGAUGCAAUGAUUGAGGCCUUACACACUGCAAUUCGAAAUAUCUUUCCCACGGUUCCACUAAAUUAUAUUAUAAGGAAAAUAGAAGUAAUACCAGCUAGUAGAUUGCAGAGUAUAAGAGGUAGCGAAUUAGCUAGAAGUACAGAAGCAACAAGACAUACAGGACCGUGUGGUGGAUUCUCGACCCAAUAUGCAUGCAUGUGUGAUUUACAUGGUGUACCAUACAGAGAAGAAGUCGCUUGGGAUGUUGAUACAAUAUACCUCUCUCACGACACAAGGGAAUUAAAUUUAAGAGAUUUCGAUCACUUAGAUCAGAAAGAUUUGGUGCCAAUCAUUUCUGCCUUGGAAUAUAACACUUGGUUUACAAAGCUACGAGCAUCUCAUCUUAAAUUAAGUCAUGAACCUUUGGAAAGAUUAUUACACGUUAUGCGCAGAUCUCUUUCCAUUCAGGAACUUUAUUUAGAUAAUCUUGGAAUUAAGUGGGAUUUUGCGCACAAACUAUCGUUAGCUCUAAUUUCUAAUGCUAAUACAAUGUUGCAAACUAUUGAUCUAUCACAUAAUACUAUUGAAGAUAAAGGAGUCUCUAGCUUGUGUGGAAUAAUUGCCAAGUUAAUGCAAGGAGGUGCACAUUUAAGCGGACCUAUUGGAAAACUACCUAAAGGUUUACAAAAAUUAAAUUUCGCACAUUGUGGACUAACAGGAAAAGGAAUAAGUCAAAUUGCACAUGCACUAAGUUUAAAUAGAAGCAUGCCAACUAGUUUGCAAUAUUUGAAUCUUUCAGAAAACUCUUUAAAAGAUGAUAUCAAUAAUUUGUGCAACUUUCUGGCACAACCUAAUAGCCUAACUCAUUUAGAUCUAAGUGGUACAGAUACUACACUGGAAUGUCUGUUUGGUGCUUUAUUACGGGGUUGUGCAACUAAUCUAGUCCAUUUAAAUGUCGCUCGCAACUCUUUUUCAAGCAAGAAGACCAAAGAAAUACCUCCCAGCUUUAAGCAGUUCUUUACAGCUACACUUUCAUUGAAGUACUUAAAUAUAUCUUGUUGCAAAUUACCACUAGAAGCAUUGAAGCAUUUAUUACUUGGUUUGGCAUGCAAUGAAAGCACAGUUGGUUUGGAACUCGAUAUGAGUGGAAACAACUUGGGUUCCAUGGGUGCUCACGUGUUGGAGUCGUGUAUACAUGGCGUGCGUUGCAUAGCAUCACUGGAUAUUUCAGACAGCAAUAUGGAUGUUGAUCUAGCACAAGUAAUAACUGCUGUAGGGAAAAAUAAAUCUAUAAAACAAUUAUACAUGGGUCGUAAUACCGUUGGUAUGAAAAGCAAACAUAUUGCUAUUGUAAUGGAUGCCCUGGUACAAAUGCUUCAAGAAGACGAUUGCGUUUUACAAGCAUUACAUUUACCAGAUUCUCGAUUAAAGUCUGAUCUCUAUAAUCUUAUUAAUGCUCUUGGUAGUAAUACAUGUCUUCAUACUAUAGAUAUUAGUGGUAAUCAAAUUGGAGAUCCUGGUGCAAGAUUAUUAGCGAAAGCACUACAAAUUAACAAUCAUUUGAGGACCAUUAUUUAUGAUAAAAAUAAUAUUACACUCCAAGGUUAUGCCGACAUUGUUCAUGCUUUAGAAAAAAAUUGUAGCGUGAGGCACAUGCCAUUUCCAAUCUUUGACCUACAACCUUGUAUGAAAACUUCUGCUGAAAAAACGGAACAGUUAGCAAAAAAAAUACAAGAUCUUUUACAAAGAAAUGUUACUCCUUGCAAAUAUAGUCACGGACAGGCCUUCAGGCUGCAACAAGGUUUUCUAUUAAGCUCUACGCAACAAAUGGUUGAUAGGCUUGUUGUUCAAACUCAAGACACUAUUAAAGCUAUUGCUGCAGAAAGCUGUGAUGCUAAUAAUGAUAUUAAUUUUGCAACUGGACUUAUACAAGAUGCAGAUAAUUCUAAACAGCUUCUCCCGAGAUUGCACGAAGUCCUUCAACGACGAGAUGAAAAUAAUCCAAUUGAGUUGAAAUUACAUGAUAUGGCGAACGAACUUCAUAAAGUUGUAACAGCAUAUUUACAGGAUUCUUUAGACGCUAUGGUAAAAUGUGCAAAUGAACAAUGUCCUACCAUACUUUCACAAACGGUAAUCAGAGGAGAUGAGAGCGAAUCAAUUGCCGUUGAAGAUGAUCUACGUAACAGCUGCAAAGAAAAAAAUCAAAUCAGCAAUGAAUUCAUACACACUACUAUCACAGAACAAGCUGGAGCAGACAUAGUCAAUAGAGUGAACGAAUUAAAUUUAGCUGUUGCUUCACAUGUAUCUGACAGAAUAACAGAUGAAGUAAUUGAAUCGUUAUCAAGAAGUUAUAAAAAUUUGAUUGGCGAUUGCGAUAGUAGAACAAGAAGUAGCACUCCAGAUGUAUUACGGCCUAGUGCUGGUUCAAUGAGUAGCGGAAGCGUCAUAGGUGUUACAAGUACAGUAGGUGUUUCUACAACAUUACCCAUUGGUAGAACCAGUCUUGCAUCAGAAGAUGACUGUCCACCAGAAACUUAUUCGCUUGUGAAUUCUAUUGGUCAGUGUUCUAGCGAUCAGUCUCCAAUGAAAUUGGAUUAUUUGAAUCUUGCCACUCCACAUCUGUCAAACAAACGUAAAAGUUUACAUGGAAGAAAAUUACGACCUAAAUCUGUAGUCGAUUCCGUUGAAGGACUUUCUGCUGAUGAUAUUCCUGACCUACUACCAUCACUGCCAAAAAGUCAAGCAGAAGCUAUUUCAGAAACAGAACAUUCUUUAACAGAAUCAUUAGAUUCUGUUUCUGAAUUACCUAAUACCGUGGGUCAACAACUACAACAUUUAGUAAAAUCUAGACCACGCAGAACAAAGACUAGAGCACCUACAAGGCCAAUGUUGAGACCCGAUCAACAGGUGGAUGGUCUAGCUCUUGGAGAAGGCCUUGAUGUAUUCUUUCGACCAACUACGCCAACAACUCCUCUUAUAUCUCCAACAAGCGAUGAUAGCUCCUUACAUACGUUCCCGACUGAUGGUAGUCCGAAUUUAUCUCUUGCAAGUCACAAAAGUAUUCCACCUGACACGGAUAAGAAGCCUGGUUGCAGUUCUCCAAUGUUAAAAACGCUUCUCGAACCUACACCACGAUCGCGGUCCAGUGAUAAUUUGGAAAAAUUUUCGCCUCUCGUCGGUAGGAGAUCUCAAGGUGAUUCACCAUUAACUGCAUCUCCAUUAGCUCGACGGAAUACGACUGAUAAUGAUCAAAAUCACGAAAGAAUUGUUGCGAAAUCUGGUAGUAAUAAAGAUACGAGUAGUAAUAGUAUUGUCAGUACUUCUGCUGACAUUUCUAAACGUAGCACAUUACCGAUUACUGGAUCUGGUACAAAUUCACGUAGUUUGCGGGAUUCAGAUGAAAAUGUUAAAAUGUUACAACUAACAACUGCUGCAAAUUCUUUAGAUAGGGAUGUAUCUCUUGCAACGUCUGUUCCUAAAGAUUACGAAAGCAGAAAAAGUUUAACGAAAAAAUCUGGCAUGGAAGUGGACAAAUCUGCAAGUCAACCUCUGCCUUCUCUUAAACUGAGGUCAACAGGUUUUGAUCUUCGAAGUCCAACAAAUGGCAGUAGUACAAAAAGUAAUUCGGAAGCAUCGAAAUCUCCAGUAUUAAAACCUUCAACUAAAGGAUGUAGUUCCACGAAUGAUGGAAAAAGUAAUGGUGUUCUUUCGAAAAGUAAACUAACACCACCUGCGACAGCUCCGAAACCAAGACCUUGGAGUAUGGCUACUGAUAGAAAAUCUGGCGAAUUUAAUUUAUUAAGCGAUGGUUCUAGUCCAAAUACUUCAGCAGGGAAUACGCCUGAUUCAGGUGAUGCUCUCGAUGAAUCGACAGAUAGUGGCGUUAGUGGUCCGGCUUCACUGCCACCGACGUUAUCAGCAAGUAGCACUGCUAGUUCUUUAAGUAAUACAAGUGUAGAGAAAAGAUCUGUCAGAGAAUUAGCAGCUAGUUUAAACAAGAGUAAAACAGAGAGGAAAGAAAAUGAGCAUACCGCACCUGCAGCAUGGAGGUCGGUGCUUCAACGUUCUAUCAACCAACCAGAUGCCAAGGUAUUUCAUGUAAUGUUUCUUUUUGUUUUUUAUUUUUUUUUUUUUUGCAAUGUUUCAAAUUCUAUCCCUGAGACCUUUUGUAAAAGCUUACAAAAUUUGUUGUUGCGCUUGGAGCCUAUUAAUACGAGUUAAUAUUUUUUAUUUUGUACAUGUAACCUAUCGUUGACAUAACACACAAAAGAACUUGUUGAAGCAUAUUAACUGUUGAUGAAACGUCACCUAUUUGUUUAAUAUAUAAUCGUAUAUGUGUAAUUCGUUACAUUUUCAGGUAACGGAAGUGCCGAAAACGGUUGAAGAAAAUCAUAUAAAUUAUAAACUUCGACGUACUUCAUUUUUACGUGAUUCAAAUUUUAACUAUAAUAAUGAUGACGUAGUUGACGUUUGACCGUGACUUAAAGCAGUAGCAAUUUGAAAGUCAAUGUUAAUGAUUGGUUACUUCUUGAGACAAUUUUUGUCAUAAUAUUUUAUACUGGGCACAAAUAUAUGCAAAGUGAUGCGUUCGUACUUGUGCCAUAUGAAGUCAAAUGCGGGGCAAGUGCUAACGAUGUUAGAGACAGGGUAUUGAGGGUCUCUAUAGAAAUUACUAAUCUAUUAUUAAGGUGGCAUUACAAAUCUUAUUAUAGUUUUUCAUAAAACUACACUGCUAACGCAGCUUAUCUUAAUUUAGCAGUAAGUAUCUAUUUAAUGUACUAAAAUCGUUUAUUAUUUUUAUUAUAGUAAGUUACAAAUUCACACUUCCACAGAGAAUAUAUUUUACGCUUCUACAUUCCUUCGGAUUUUUAAGAAAGAAUUGUUUGCUAUUCACGAUGAUAUUAUUUGAAUGACGAAUCGCAUUAUAUUUGUUUUAACAUUUAAAUAUUUAUAUAUUGUUUGUCUGUACAUUUCAAGUAACAGACUGUCUGAACUAUACUAUUAAUUAUAUAAUUUUAAUUAUUUUAAAUACAUGACAGCUGUUCUAUUGUAUAAAGAACAGCAUAACCUAUACUUAUCGCAAUAAAAGAAAGGUUUACUAAAAUUAUUUAAUCGAAUAUAUGGAAUGUCUUCCGAAAUUAAAUUUUUUAAGUUUGCAAUA